ACAUAUAUCUCUCACGGACCAAACUUGCUCAAGGCCUUGAUUCAUUCAAAGUAAAAGUUAACUUAGGUCAGCUGUCAAUCACAGACAUAACACUGAAAGACGUUUUACCUCAAACCGGGAGGAAUACCCACUAUAUUCAUUUUCAAAAGAAACUAUGGCGUUGAUAAAAUGUUUAAAUGCAAGUCGAGGUGUUCUUAGAAGUGUUGGAGCUCGUUGUUUUUCUGCUACAAGCCAAAAACAUGCCCCAACAGAGAUGUAUGUUAGAGAUGCUCUCAAUUCAGCUAUGGAUGAAGAGAUGAAUAGAGAUAACACCGUGUUCUUGAUGGGAGAGGAAGUAGCUCAAUAUGAUGGGGCAUAUAAAGUGAGUCGUGGUUUAUGGAGGAAAUAUGGAGAUCAGAGAGUAAUUGACACACCUAUUACUGAAUCAGGAUUUGCGGGAAUGGCUGUUGGUGCUGCAAUGGCUGGCUUGAAACCCAUCUGUGAAUUCAUGACCUUUAACUUCUCGAUGCAAGCCAUUGACCAUGUGAUCAACUCGGCAGCCAAGAGUCACUACAUGUCCGGUGGCAUGGUUACGGUGCCGGUGGUUUUUCGAGGUCCUAAUGGUGCUGCAGCAGGUGUUGCUGCACAACACUCCCAAUGUUUUGCUGCAUGGUAUGGUCACUGCCCUGGUCUCAAAGUCGUUUCUCCUUUCAACUCUGAAGAUUGCAGAGGUUUAUUGAAGGCAGCCAUUCGCGAUACUAAUCCAGUUGUUGUCCUUGAAAAUGAGUUAAUGUACGGCACGGCGUUUCCUGUUUCUGAUGAAGCAAUGUCCGAGGAUUUUCUUAUUGAGAUCGGAAAAGCAAAAGUUGAGCGAGUUGGGAAACACGUGACACUUGUCUCACACUCACGACCUGUGGGCCAAUGUUUAGAGGCGGCUGAACAACUGGCUAGUGAAGGGAUAGACUGUGAGGUGAUUAACCUCAGAAGCAUCCGCCCACUUGAUAUCGAGACUGUACAACAAAGUGUGAUGAAAACUAACCACCUUAUAAGUGUGGAGGGUGGAUGGCCUAUGUUUGGUAUUGGAUCUGAGGUCUGUGCUCAGAUAAUGGAAGGUCCUGCAUUUGACUACCUUGAUGCUCCAGCCAUUCGUGUGACUGGUGCAGACAUUCCAAUGCCGUAUGCACAAGUUUUGGAAGACGGUGCAUUACCAGGGGUUAAAGACAUUGUUCUGUCUGUAAAAAAGACUCUUCACAUUCAGCCAAUGACUGAUACCGCUUAACGAUGAGAUUUUCUUUUUCAUUGAAAAAAUACUUUUCUAUUUAAUAACAGUUCUUUAUCUAUAGUUCCAUGGUAUGAAAUUGUUCUGGCGUGACUAUUAUUUAAUACACAAAUCUUUAAACAUGU